UUGAAUUGAGGAAUAGUCGUUCCUCCGCUCGGUCGAUGAAUAUUUAUUAUUGGUUUUUUUCUCGGUCGUGAAUACUAAACAAGGUUCGAUGUGUGGGCAACUAUGAGAUAAUAAUUAUACAGUUACAAGUGCUUCUUUGUUUAGAAACUUUUUGUGCUUAUUUGUGUGCGAUCAAAUGGCUUCAACGCCAGUCCAAGUGAACGGUACUGCGAAUAAAAACAGUCCCCUGGGAAAGCGGAAAAAAUCUCGAGGAAGCAAAGGUUCAUAUUUAUCGAAAUGGUUGGACAAAACUAUGUGCCAUAUACAGGAGUCUACCCCGAGUAUGGAUACGUAUGAUUCUUUUAUGGGUCCUAAUAUGAAUUGGGGUUCGCAGUUCGCGCCGGGUUACGACCCGUGCAGGUUUAACAUGUUCGGUUACGCAGAGCCGAUGUCGCUGCCUACGCCGCCUACCUACUGUAGUCCUGCGAUGCCUUUGUAUCCUCCGGAGUAUCGUUACGUGCAGAGUGUAAACAAGAGUGUGCAGGUGCAGCGACCGCGACCGCGCCGUCGCGAGAAGCCUGAAGACUGCAGCACCCCAAACAGCACCCCUUUGAACACUAAUUACUUCCAACCAAAGAAUUGCUCAGACAGCCAAGACUUCGCGAGCUUGCCGCCUAUAGUUACAUCAGUCGGCGACACGAAUUCCAAUAGUGAUAUGAAUACCAAUGAGAAGGACGAGUGUGCGCGGAGAUACAGCGAUCCUUGCGUGCAAGGACUGCCUGAUAUAGCCCGGCCGGCUAAUGGGGAGGUGGACUCGGUGUCGGAAGAGAGCUCGGGGUUGUCCGGGAGUCAGGUUGGCAGUAGACUGCUGACAUACCUCUUGGACCAGAUUACUAGUUUGAAGAUGACCAAUGAAAGACUGAAUAAAGACUUACAAGAAACUAGAGCGGAACUAAACAGCUUGCGAACACAACAUAGUAUCUGGCAGAAAGGAUCGAGUUCCAGUAUCGGUGGCAAUAAUGGUCUAGUAGGCGGUCAAUACUCGCCUGGCUACGUGACCGACCUAGUCCGCGAGAUCCGUGACUCCGCGCGGAUACGAGAAGAGGCGCUGUACGCACGAGUACGCGCUAUGCUGCUGGAGAGAGAUAACGGAUUGGCGUCACCGGAAACGAAGUUCAGUGAGAAAACUCUUGAAGAAAUCAAGAGUUCACUUCGGGCUUCGGAGGCAGACAAAAGACGUAUGAUGGACCGGGUAGCAAAACUGGAGGACGAGCUGCGACUACUCAGAGUGUCUACGAGUCUCGACUCGAGCGAGAACGGAAUCACGAACGGCGGCGAGGACUCAGAGACGGAAAAACUUCGGCUACGGAAGGAGCUCGCCAGCAUGAAGAAAGCCAAGCAGAAUGCGGAGGAACACGCUUUCAAAUUGGAGCGACUAGUGACGCAACUGCGUUCCAAAUUCAACGGUCUCCAAUCAUCCCCGAACGGUCCCGAAUCCCUCCCGAGCGAAACCGAACAGGACCCGAACCGCACUCGACGGACGAGCGUCAACUCGAACACUACCGUCGUGUUCGGACCCGUGACGGACUUGUAGCGAACACUCGCUAGCGACGUCUAUGUUCUAGCCACAGACGUGCUGUGCUCUGUAUUGGAUAAAAUAUACUAGCACUAAACUGUACUGUAUUUCACGACUAACACCGAACCUAGUUCUUUAAAUAUCAACGGUCCCCGAACAUCGCCGAAAAUGACCGAACAGUUCCGAAUGAGACCGAAUACUCGCUAGCGACGUCUGUGUUCACUUGUUCAGACCAUGGACGUGCUCUGUUAUGUAUGGGAUAAACCAUGUUUUGUGAUUUAAGAAUAAUAUAAAUUGAUCACAUAAGAUUUGAGGCACACUUUUCUAUGUGGGAUAAAAUAUAUUGAACAGAAUCCGAAAAACUAGAUAUUCUGAUAAAAAACCGGUUUGAUGCUAUAAGUGUUAUAAUUAUAACUCAAUAUUUUCCAAAUUAUGGUCAGUCACAAUAAAAUCCGAUCUCUUGGGAAUCAUCCAUAAAUUAAAUAAUGUUAAAAUUGAUAUUAAUUAUGUUAAAACUCAAUAAUCGAAUUUAAUGUUACAAUCGUUGCUUGCAUAUCCAUAUUUAUAAUAGACAAUAAUGUAAUGUAACAUUAUAAUGCUGUUUACUGUCCAAUAUGUGUACUAUUUAUUCGAUGGAGCCGGAAAGCGGCAACUUUUUGCACACUGUGCCGAAAAUUGACACUUUCGACUUCAUUAAAUUGGAAAAUAAAUAAAAUAGAUUGUGGUGCUUGUCUAACAGUUUGAACUGCUGUGUUCUUUAAUUUGUUUGUUGAAUUAUAACAAUAUUUGAUGUGUGUAUAAAAUAUUAUUUACUGACACUUUGCGUGCAAUUCCUUAUUGACUUUUACAAUUUUCAACUAUUCACAUAUAACGCUAUUAUUAAAGCUUUUAACUGUAUUUAUUCAGUCAAUAAUUGUUUGAAUAAUAAACUGAUCCUCUUUAUUGGUGCUUUAAGUAAUCGAAGUUACUACCUACAAAUACAAUUUAAUACAGAUAUAAGGUAAAAUAUGUGACAUUAUCUAGGUAAAGGGACCGUAUUCUCGAUGGCGCUUACGGCGUUAAGAGCGAUGUUCGUGUACAAAUACGACUCCGCGGGAGGUAAGCGCCAUCAACAAUAAGGUCCCUUUACCCAGAUAACGUCACAUUUACAUAUACAGAGUGGGGCCUGUAACAAAGGCGAAGAAUUGAACUGUAGGCUAUU